UAACAUUACAUGUUAGUUGUAGUCAAUUUUAAAGCUCAACAAAGAGAAGGUGUUUUAAAAAAAUCUAAAUUUGGAGUGAGGCUGUGAUAAAACAACUGAUUGAAAUGAGUGAAGGGGAACUAAGCAUUUAAAUAAUUCAGAGAGGGCAUAAUUAAGUGUUUAAUGCUGUGUUGUAGUUCAAAGGCACAACAAAGAAAUUAGAAUUCAAAUUAGAAAUGUAAAAGAGAUUCUUCCGAGAUGAGAACUUUGUGUUGAGUCACUUGAUUUUGGUUCUCUUUCCUCCAUCAAACAAGCAGCUCUUGGAGAUCUCCAGAGAUAACAAUGUCACAUUGUCACAUAGGGUUCUGCUACAAAUCCUUAAUUACAAAAAGAGGAUCAGAUGACUACAGCAUCCAAUACCGGGGUCUCCAGGCGGCAUGGGGGUCUUUGAUCAAGAAAAUCCAAUUAUUUGUGUAUAUACAUUUCCCACAUAGUGAUUACUUCAUUAAUUGUCCCGCCUUUAUCUCCUCCCUUCCCAACCCCCCUAAUAAUCAGCUCCUUUAUCCAGACCAACAAACACACCAUAGGAGCUUUGUGGAUUCAAAGGAUUUGCUUUCCCCUCUCAAAGAGCCGCUAUUCUUUGAUGAUUGGGCAGCAGCAAACUUCAAAGUAAUAAAUCUUAUUUCUGACUGGCUGGCGGCCCACCAAAGUCCUUAUCAAAUUCUAAGAAGUGAUCCCUCACUCUUCAGAUAGACCAAGGAUAUAUCGGAGAGAGGAGCCAGCGCACACCGAAGACCCGCUCCGCAACAUAUUUGACUGCGAAUGCACAUAUUUAUCUAAAUUAGCGCCUUUUUUUUAUUUGUGUUUGUUUCAUCGAGAGGAGGAGGACAUGGCAGCAGUGGCUGUACUGCGGAAUGAAACACUACAGGCUUUUCUGCAGGAUCGCACUCCCAACUCCUCUCCAGAGAACUGUAAACACUCUCCGCUGGCUCUCCUGGCUGCCACUUGUAACCGGAUCGGGCACCACCACGGAUCAAACCCCACAGAUUUCCUCCAGGUGCCCUACGAUCCCACUCUGGGCUCCCCUUCGCGUUUGUUUCACCCGUGGACUAACGAGGGCAACCCUCAGAGCAGCCUGGCCGGCAACUCCACUUUCGGACUAUCCUCCAAGCCCCAGCUGUCUGCGCACAUCCAGAGCUCCUUCAGCUCGCACCACGAACUGCCCCUCACCCCUCCGGCGGACCCCUCGUACCCCUAUGACUUCUCCCCGGUGAAGAUGCUGCCCUGCUCCAUGCAGUCCCUGCAGUCCACCUGCCCCCCCACCUACGUCCCGGCCGUCAGCUACGCAGCGCCGACCCCCAUCCCGCCCGCGAUGCCAAGUUUUGUCACGGGACCGUCCGGCCUUGUCCACCAGCAGCAGAGACAGUUGUCCCCAAACCCGGGGGAGGAUAUCCCGUGGUGGAGCCUCCAGCAGGGGAACCACGUCAGCCACUCGUCCUCCCUGGCCCCGCACCGCUUCCAGCUGCAGAGAGGUCUGGUUCUGGGACACUCGGACUUUGCGCAGUACCAGACGCAGAUCGCGGCGCUGCUCCACACCAAGUCUCCGCUCGCCACUGCGCGGCGGUGCCGGAGGUGCAGGUGUCCGAACUGUCAGUCGUCCACGUCCAGCGACGAGCCGGGCAAGAAGAAGCAGCACAUCUGUCACAUACCGGGUUGCGGGAAAGUUUACGGGAAAACUUCUCACCUCAAGGCGCACCUGCGGUGGCACUCUGGGGAGCGGCCGUUUGUGUGCAACUGGCUGUUCUGUGGGAAGAGUUUCACCAGGUCGGACGAGCUGCAGAGACACCUGAGGACUCACACUGGGGAGAAGCGCUUUGUUUGCCCGGACUGCUGCAAGAGGUUCAUGAGGAGUGACCACUUGGCAAAACAUGUCAAAACUCACCAGAACAAAAAGAGCAAAUGCCACGACAAGACACUCGAUCACGUCAAAAGAGAGGACACGAGGAAUAUGUUGUAACAGUCAUCCGAUCAGUAGACUUUAAAUAGUGCAAUACAGUCAGUCUGCAUUAGUUAACCAGUGAGCUGCAGCUUAGAGGGAAUUCUGUUAAUUCUGUUGGUUGAUUUCUUACAUCCUGACAAUAGUUUCUAACAUUGCUGGUCUGUGUAGCACAUUUUUGUAUAUAUAUAAAGUUUCAUAAGUUAAUUUGGGACCAUGGAGGAAGUUCUAGCUCAUGAGUUUGAAUUCACUGUCUAUAUCAUAUCAAGGAAGACAAGUUUUCAACUUGUGUUUUGAUCGUUGUCUUCGGUGGAAGAUCUCACUCCCCUGUAAAUUAUAUUUAAUAGCUUUUGUUGAAUGAAAGUGUCUGUUUUUGCUCCAUAUGGGGUGUUUUUAAAAGCAUGCUCUUGAAAAGAUCUGCUAUUGUUGAUAUGACCCAAAUACUGUGUGAGAAUAAAAGUUAUAACAUUUUC